GGCCGGGCUGCGCUGAGGCAGUUAGCGGAGUCGUCUGGCCACCGUGGGCGAGGAGAGGACGAGUUCCCGGCUGCGGACGCCGGCCUGACCUAAGCCUCACGUCCGCCCUGGCCACUUCCCGCAUGCUGCAGGCUCCUCCCUGAAAGGCGGCGGCGAGGCGUGGGGGACGCGCCCGGGGACGGCUCGGGGUCGAGGCUUCCAGUCGCCCGCACUUCCUCUUGAGGCUCCCGUGCGCGGCUGUCUCGGCGGGCGGGAUGGCGGCGGCGGCCCGGGGAAGCGGCCGCGCAUCUGCGCCCCGGCUGCUUCUGCUCCUGCUGUUUUCGCUGCUGUGGGCCCCGGCCGGGGUCCGGGCCGUACCCGACGAAGACCUCAGCCACCGGAACAAGGAACCUCCGGCGCCUGCCCAGCAGCUGCAGCAGCAGCCCGCGGCCGUGCAGGGCCCCGAGCCGGCCCGGGCCGAGAAAGGAUUUACACCAGCUGCUCCAGUUCAUACCAAUAAAGAAGAUCCAGCUACCCAAACUAAUUUGGGAUUUAUCCAUGCAUUUGUGGCUGCCAUAUCAGUUAUCAUUGUAUCUGAACUGGGUGAUAAGACAUUUUUUAUAGCAGCCAUCAUGGCAAUGCGCUAUAAUCGUUUGACAGUGUUGGCUGGUGCUAUGCUUGCCUUGGGCCUAAUGACGUGCUUAUCAGUUUUGUUUGGCUAUGCCACCACAGUCAUCCCCAGGGUGUAUACAUACUAUGUUUCAACUGCAUUAUUUGCCAUUUUUGGCAUUAGAAUGCUUCGGGAAGGCUUAAAGAUGAGUCCAGAUGAAGGUCAAGAGGAACUAGAAGAAGUUCAAGCAGAAUUAAAGAAAAAAGAUGAAGAAUUUCAACGAACCAAACUCUUAAAUGGACCAGGAGAUGUUGAAACGGGUACAAGCACAACAAUACCUCAGAAAAAGUGGCUGCAUUUUAUUUCACCCAUCUUUGUUCAGGCUCUUACGUUAACAUUCUUAGCAGAAUGGGGUGAUCGCUCUCAACUAACUACAAUUGUUUUGGCAGCUAGAGAGGACCCCUGUGGCGUGGCGGUGGGUGGCACAGCGGGACACGGCCUCUGCACCGGACUGGCAGUAAUCGGAGGGAGAAUGAUAGCACAGAAAAUCUCCGUCAGAACCGUGACAAUCAUAGGAGGCAUCGUAUUUUUGGCGUUUGCAUUUUCUGCACUAUUUAUAAGUCCUGAUUCUGGUUUUUAACAUGAUACUGUUCAUUUAUAUUUAGUCUAAGAUAGGUGAACUAUGUACAUAGUGUAUAUUAUAACUAAAAGUGAUGGAAAAUACUGUAUUUUGUAGCAUUGAUUUGUGAGUUUGACCCAUUUAAUGAAGUAUUAUGUCCAAGAGAAAUAAUCACCGAUUCUAUUUGCAAAAUGGAUUUUUUUUUUUUUAAAAACUGAUAUCUAAGUGUGGAUUUUUUUCUUUUCUCCAGCAUAAUUUUGUUAACAUGGUCUCCUUUUCUUGGCCGGGGGCAAGGUGAGGGUAGUAUAUAGACAGCCAUUGUUCAGCAGGGGGUCUGCCACUUGAUUCUCUUUCAGCACUGACCCCUUUGUAAGGCAUAUGAGUUUUGUCCUGAAUAACUGAGGUGUUUUACGAUGUUUGUUUGUUUACCUUAAAAUUUUUCCUGGGGGAAAGAAUGAAUUAAUUUCUAUCAAUCAUCUAUCAUCUAUCUAUCUUUUAAAACACUUUCCUGAGCCAGUAAGCAGUGGUUUAUCAGAAUAAUCAGAAGUCUUUUCAAAAUUAGGUUUUUGUGGGGUGUUUUUUGUUUGUGUGUUUUUUUUUUAAGAGCGAGAGAAAUGCGUUACUGUUAAUAGCAUGACAAGAAUUGUCUGCCAGGUCCAUUCUUCCUCUUUUUGUCAAUUGGGUAGGAAACCCAAUAUAAUAACAGUCAGUCAAUAUUUGACCAUGUGGAAUUACCAAAUUAAAAGAGAAUACUGUGAGUGUAUUCAUAUUUUUUCUAUAUUGAAUAAACAAUGUAACAAAGAGAUACAACAUAAAUAAAAGUGAUAUGACCAGUGCUUGUUUUUCCCUGUGUG